UGGGCUUUACCAGGUGUUGAUAUAGUUUCCAGUGUGAAUACAGGAAUGCUUUGCGCGCAAAAGGAUUGUAUCUGUGGCCAAACCGAUACCGAGAUCUGGCAAGAGGCGACGGAGAGAAAAACCGGCCUGGUGACUUCUUGCCAAAUGCGAAAGCGUUCCAUCAGUGACAUUUCCAACACAUUAUUCGCCAUGGGUAGACAUACGGAAGGCGCUCCCCAGUGCGGCAGUUGCAAAGCUGACCACGACACUUGCAAUUGUUACCUGUCGCACUGCAACUGUGAACUGUGCACGAAGUGCGAGAAAAAGCAAAGCGAAAGGAAACGGACUAUUGAAGAGAUUUUGGACACGGAGAUACGUUAUGGUCAAGAUUUGCAGCUCCUAAAAGAGGAAUUUCUACACCCUCUUCAAUCAUCUGAACUACUCUCCAAAGAUCAACUGAUGUCGAUUUUCUUGAAUCUGGAGGAAUUGAUUGAUCUUAACAGUCAAAUGACAUCGGAACUUUCCCAUGUUCUGAGAAAUGCACAGAAACUCGGGGAUAACGACUACAAAAUGGUGGGCGUUGGAGACCUUUUUUUGAGGUCCACUUCAUUGCUUCUGGCGUUCGAGAGCUAUUGUAUCAAUCAGGCUCAAGCAUCCGCCAUUUUGAAUCAGUUGGAGAAAGAGAAGGAGAGUUUGCAUAACUUUCUGGAGUCUGCACAGACGGAGAAUUCGAGACUGCGCCGCAUGAGUCUGAAAUCAUUCUUAGUCUGCCCUGUACAGAGACUGACAAAAUAUCCACUGUUGCUAAGUCGGUUGGCCAAGGCUACGUCAUCAAAUCAUGCGGAUUUUGAUUCCAUUAUCGAAGCUCAAAAGAGGAUUGAGGAUAUCAUUGACCAUAUAAAUACGAGAACACGUCUUGCACUUUCUCCGAGAAGAAGUUUGAAACUAAAACGAAAACGAUCUCUUCUGAAACGAUCUAGCCUUUGUGAACGUAUGGAGCUUAAAAGGGUUGCACUCGAACACCUAGGCUGGGAGAAUACAUAUACCACAGAUACGCUUGUCAACAACAUGCAGUUUGCGCAGAGCUGUGAGGUGUCCGCGAGGAAAAGCAAGCACACGAAAUUCUGCUCCGUCUUCUCAGUUUUCCUCACCUUACACGAGUCAUCUUCGCACACGACACCGGACGGGCGCCCUUCGUCUCCAAAAUCCACGCCUGUAGCGCAAGCCGCUUUGGUCUUACUGAGAGAAAAGGGCGGUAAAUACGUUAUGGUGCGGGACCCGUUUUUCUUGGAGAAAUGCGUCAUUCUGGAAAGUUCGGACUCCUCAGAGAUGUUUGAAAUUUUGGACAACAACAAUGGUGAAACCUACGUGUUUAAGACUGAGAGCCUUUCUGAGUCACAAGUAUGGGUUUACCACUUGAAAAGGCAAAGCAGGACACUGGGGCGUCUGACCAGGCGCAGAAACGCACUUCCGGAUAUCACAUUACAGAACAUCACAUGACCAUUAAAAGCCCAUUGGAUUGGUUAACAAGAGACCAUUGGCUACCCCAGCUUCAGCUGCCCUUGGCAAAGGCUUUAUUGUUCCCAACGGAACAAACCUUGCUGCGUGACGAUUCAAACCAAAGAAGGACGGUUUUUUCGCGCGAAAGCUAUGGAAAAUGUCGUUUUGGAAAGAGCUUAAAUGACAGCUAAGUCUAUCUUGAAACUGUUGGUUGGACUGAAUGUGCUUAGAAGCACGAACAUUGCUCGAAGCUGUGCUUACAGUAGUGCGACGCAGACAUGUUUCAGUGACGACCACGGAAGAUGCUCUGGAGGUACGCGCACUAGAACUUUGCAUUCCGUUUAAUGACAGAGGGAGAAUGCGUGACGAAAAAACAUGUGAUGACGAAAACGUGUCACUUUUUGUUUCUCGUCGCGUUUGGCAGAGUAUUCUUUGAAACAUUAUACUGACGAAAGAACUGCACCGUUUCGUCAGAACAAUCAAAGAAGGACAACACUGGCUUUACUCACAAUGAUUUUCCCAAAGCAUUUCACUUCUGUGACUCUAGAACUGUUGUUAGACUAAACCUUAGGAAGUUGAAUUGCAAAGAUUUAUUGUUUUGUUUUGUUACUUACUUGAAGAGGGCAUAUUGUGAGAUACUAGCGAAUUGAAAUAGUUAUUCGCGACGUUAUUUUAUUUCUCCAUAGCUAUCGCUCACAGCUUAAACCUAUUGCCUACAGCUUAAGCCAAUCACAUGCGUUUACUUGAACAUCUUGUCAUAUUAUUUUGAACCGAUAGGGAACAAAGCUUCAACAUUUAGUUCUUGGCAAGAGGAAAUUUCUUCUAGUAGUCCCUGUGAUAUCAUAAAAUUAUUGUAACAGCCUGUUCUCACUGUGAUAUUACUUAGUUACUGCGUCAUCAUGUAGUUAAAGCGAUGUCGUAUGGUAUUUACAAUGCUAUGUAGUUACAACGAUGCCAUGUAUUACUGCGAUAUCGUGUCGUCGUAGAAAUAGAAAAUAUUUGCGUUUCGUAGUCAUGGCGGACGACGAUUAAAAGAAUCAAAGUUCUGUCUGAAGAUUGCUUGUUGAGUAGAGCUGAAAAACGAGACUUUAUGUGAAUGGGGUUUGAAUUAUUAGAUAUAUUUAUAUUAUUGGGAUAACUUUUGUAUUUGGAGUUGAAACUAUUUCUAGUGAGUGGAACAUACUUACAAAAAAGAGUGAGAAAAAAGUGACUACAAAACUCCUCUUUGCCCCCCCCCCCCCAAAGUUCAUAUUCAACGACACAGCUAACACAGGCAAAAGUCCUGGCCAAACACUAGCUGUUGAAUCUAUAGUGCUGGCCGCUGCAAAAAAAAGACGAAGGUCAUGUUGGCUUAUAAUUAUUUUUUCAAAAUAUUAACAAGAUCCAAUAAAGAAAGAUUGAAUUUGCCCUGAUUUACUAUGACUUAAACCCAUUGAUGUGGAUUUUCAUUGGACCAAGUUCCUUUAAUUCCCAUAUACAGUCAACUAUGAACAGUCCAUGUUCAUACGCCUUUUUACAGCCAUAUAGUGCUAAUAUACAUCCGCGUCAACUGUUUGCUGAGAUAUCCUCCCGCUUAGCGGGAAAACAGACCACUCAUGUGCCUGAAAUGUAACUAUAUUCUGGAGGAAACACGCGUUGUGAUCCAUGUGCGGAUGACAAGCUUGGUAGUUCCUCUUGAAACUGUGCGCACUUGCGUUAGGUAAUUAUCACCACCGUGCUUUACUGUCACUACAGCUAACUAAUGUGUAUGCGCAUGUGUGAGCAGUAUCACACCACUGUAUAAUAUUGUAUAAUCUCGGGUUCACAGGAAAAUGUGUGCCUGAAAAGUGUGCUAAUCCGUUAUGGUUAAUAAUUCUUUAUAGAGUUUGUUACAAAGUGUCUUACAAAGCGUCAUGUUUUUUUGUCGAAAUGUCCAAAUGUCGAUAUGAAAUAAUGUAUUUUGCAGAGAUUAUUUUUCGUGAAUAAAAAUACUUAAAUGA